AUGUGUUGUGCAGCUUCUCUGAUUGACAGAUUCCGGAACGUCCUGCUGGCUCUGCUCAGCCGCGUGCUGUUCGCCGUCCACGGCGUGGUGAUGGUUUGGCGCGUGGUGGUCGAGAUGAACCAACCCCUGUACUGGCUGCUGCUCAGCGGCGUCUGUCUGCUGGGCUUGGAGAUGACCGUCACUCUCAGGCACACCCGCAACGCGGAGUGGAAAUGGUUCUCCCCCAUGGUUUUCCUCUAUCUCAGUACUGUCAUCCCCUCCAUUUGGUGCCUGGAACUGAACGUGCUCCACAUCAUGCACUCGGAGCCCAAGCCGGAUGCUGCUCCAGCCACAGAGCUCAACUUACAUGGGGUCAUCAAGAAAGUGGGCCCAGAGAACUGGACGGCAUGUCUGGAGCAGACCAUGUUUAUCGUCUUGGUCCUGGGUCGCUGGCUCAUGCCAAAGGGAGAGAUGUCCCGUGACCAGCUCUCCCAGCUCCUCAUGGUCUACAUGGGGCUGGGCGCUGACAUCCUGGACAUCCUGGAGAUAUUUGACUCGUUCAAAGACCCCAAGGUCAAAACCAACACAACAGUUAUCAUCAUCGGCUUGGUUCUCUUCUCCUGGGCGCUGAUGCAGUUUCCCCUGGUGCUCACCAAUUCAAGCGCCACCAAGGGCCACUCCUCGUCCGGCCAGCAGUCUCCUCUGAGAAGCAAAGGCGGCGCGGCCCUCAGCUCUGACGCUCCGACCCCGUCCACGUGCUGCUCCUCCAGUGAGGUGUGGAGCUUGCUGCUGACAGUGUGCCUCCAGGACGGCCCGUUCCUCCUUUACCGGCUCUACCUCAUAAUCCAGGAGGAGAUGCUCAACCAUAUGAUGAUCUUCUUCACCUGCAAGAACAUUGUCAUGGUGCUCUUGGAGCUGUACAGGAUCUUUGUGGUGCUGUGUGACCAGGCGAGGGAAUCAGUGCCAAAGGAACGCGUGUCUGCAGCUCGCUGUUAUGGAAUUGAGCAGGCGAGAGGUAUGAAGGAGGAGGACAGGGAUGAAGAUGGAGAAAGUGGAGGGGAGUACGGAGAGCUGGGCUGUCAUACAGAUAUAGAGAAAAUAAAUGAGCGAGAUCUGGGACAAGUUUCCAGAGUGAUUCUGGAACAACACGCCACUCCCCAUCAGACCCAUUCUACGAGGCGGCUAAUGGUUCUGGCACCAGCCAGCAACAGUGCACGGACUGAUGAAGACACUGAGGCCAGCAAAAAAUGGAGGGCCAAGAACGAAGACCAGUUCACUGGCAAAAGAAAUGCCACAAUGAAAGGCUCUGAAAUGUUCAUAAAGGAGCAUGGGCUGCAGGGAACGGUGGAGGCUGGGUGGGCAAAGAAGAAGUGGCAGAACCUUAAGCGAAAGUACAAGUACAGAGAUCCAGUCAUUUGGAACAGACACUGUGGCUGCGAGCCUGUUUCUGAGGGUGUCCCCAGACCGCUGGAGUGGCUCGGUGACUUCAUCGCAGUCAUCCCAAUCAUCACCAUCACCAACUUCAUCAGACUCCAAAAUGUCCCCAUUCCCAAUGCAGACAUUGUGGAGAAAAAGGCAGUCAAUAAUGACCUCUGA